AUGUGGCUUCUCACCACAGCUCGAGCAAGACUCGACUUCUUCCCCCGUCCCGAAGAUGUCCCCAAUGGAUAUGCCAUCUUGUCUCACACGUGGAUGCAACCUGGAGAAGGAGAGGAAGACACCUUCCAGAUUGUCCAAAGGCUGAAUGAGGAAGCACAUCGACACUCUCUACACCACAGCCGGGUCCGCGCUUUCCUCGAACGGGCGGAGAAGGCCGGAUUCGACUACGCCUGGGUCGACACCUGCUGCAUCAACAAGGAGAGCAGCGCCGAACUCACCGAGGCCAUCAACUCCAUGUUCCGAUACUACGCGCUCUCCGAAGUCUGCUACGUCUACCUCAGCGACGUUCACACCGCCGGGGUCAAGCUCUCAGGUCCGAUAUCCGAUCCAGAUACCUCGGAAGAUCUGGCGCGCGCUUUUGAGAGAAGCCGGUGGCACACGCGUGGGUGGACACUCCAAGAGCUCAUCGCGUCGCGCGUCGUCGUCUUCUUUUCUCGCCAGUGGACGCUCCUCGGCACCAAGCACGAGCUUUCCGGCCUUCUCAAGAACAUCACGGGAAUUCCGGCGGUCAUUCUCAGCCUCAGGGUGUCGUUCACGGACAAGAGCAUCGCUGCGCGCAUGUCCUGGGCGGCGAAGCGGGUGACCACGCGGCCCGAGGAUAGGGCGUACUGCCUCUUUGGGCUCUUCGGGGUCAACAUGCCCACGCUCUACGGGGAGGGCGACAAUGCGUUCAUCCGACUCUUGGAAGAGAUCAUGAAGACGUCACGAGACCCUACUCUCUUCCUCUGGGGAUCGGCUCGAGACGUCCAGAGUCUUGACGGCCUUGUUUCCGAUCUUAGAGAGGCAGAUACUCAUGCUCGGCAUAUCCUUCCAUCGACCCCGAAGGAGUUCGAUGGAUGUGGCAGGAUCGGAUACAGCGACCACGCUGUAUUUCGGACGAGUGGAUCCAUGGUGCGAUUGAGCGAUGAUCGUACAGUGAUAGACUAG